AUGGAUUUUAGUCAAGCCUACGAGAGGGAACUCCCACCUGAGAUCCAACGGAAACCCUCUGCACACUUGAUAGGCUCCUCCCUGUUAGUGGGUGAGGAUAGUGUCGUUAAGUGGGAAUCAGACAAGGGCCUGUCUGCCUUCACAUAUCAGAUGGACUACAAAGAUGGCCACCUGGUAGCACAGAGGAAUGGGCACUACUAUGUCUACUCCAAAGUGCACUUUGUUGAAGACUGCUUUCUGUUCAAACACAAGGUGAUGAGGUUCACCGAGGGUUACAAAGACAAACCACUUGUGAUGAUGAAAGCUAACAGGUUCCAUUGUCCUUCCCAGGAUUCCAGACCGAAAAAGAUUUCUCAUCAGAAUCUUCUGAACAGCUACCUGGGCGGAGUCUUUCAUCUGUUGCCUGGAGACAUCAUCUACGUAAACGUGGACAACGGAACGCUGCUGAGACUUGGAGCUGAAGAUAAUUUCAUGGGGGCAUUCAUGAUUAGGAGACGUGGAUUGGAAGCCCAUGCCUCCGUGGACACGCCCACAGUGGAUUGGAAGCCCAUGCCUCCGUGGACACGCCCACAGUGGAUUGGAAGCCCAUGCCACCGUGGACACGCCCACAGUGGAUUGGAAGCCCAUGCCUCCGUGGACACGCCCACAGUGGAUUGGAAGCCCAUGCCUCCGUGGACACGCCCACAAACAGAACACAACCCUGAAGACUCUGAGGAGGUUACUGUGGUUGCCAAGCAACGGUAA